GAACCACAAGCUUUAUUAGCCGGAAGAUGUCCUCAUGAGCCCGGACUCCUGGAACUGGAUGUUCCCGAAUGGGCAGUCCUGGUCCUGAUCCUAGUCCUUUGUUCCAGGUUUCGACUGGCCUUCUGAAGGACUUGGGAAGGAAAACAAAGUGAAGCUGUUUCUUUUCCUAUGUCUUCAUCAGAUCGUCUUGAAUUAAAAUGACAGCUCUUCCUUCAGAGAACUGCUCUCUCCAGCACCUGUCACACCAGUCGAAGCAGCCCAUAGAUGUUAGCUGUCUAUUGUUCCUCAUCAUACUUGGGAAAACGUUAUUGAAUAUCCUCAUGCUAGGGCUGAAAAGGAAAGACACCCACUGGGGCUUUAUGGAGUGCUUUUGCUUCUCACUAGCAUUUGUUGAUCUUCUGCUGUGGGUUAACCUUUCCAUUCUGUUCUACUUCAGGGACUUUGUAGUUCUAGGUAUUAGGUUUACACAGUAUCAUAUUUGUCUGCUCACACAAAUUAUUUCCUUCACUUAUGGCUUUUUGCAUUAUCCAGUUUGCUUACUAGCUUGUAUAGAUUACUGUUUGAUUCUGUCUGGAGCCACCAAGCGCUCAUCUAAGUGGCAAAAGUUAUUUUAUUUCUUGACAGUCAUUUUCACUUGGAUUUCAGUCUUUGCGUAUGUUCUAGGAGAUCCAGCCAUCUCACAAAGCCUGCAGACACACAGCGCUUCUCUGCACCAAUGCCCUUCCUAUGUCAGCACACAGAGUUACUGGCUGUCAUUGUCUAUGCUGGUAGUUUUAUGUGUGGCUUUUCUGAUUUCAUGGCCGGAAGUUGUUGCCAUGGUACAAGCUAUUAGGAUAGCAUCCUAUAUGAACAAGACCAUCCUCUACUGUCCCUUCCCAUCCCACUCUGGAGUGAGCGCUAGAGAAGCACUCUUGCCCAGGCUUAUUGUGUGCUUUCUUGGUACCUGGUUUCCCUUUGUAGCACUUCAGGUCCUCACCCUCUCACUCAGAGUUCAAAUCCCAGCAUACAUAGAAAUGAACGUGCCCUGGCUGUACUUUGUCAACAGUUUUCUCAUUGCUGCAGUUUCUUGGUUUAACUGCCAAAAGGUUUAUUUAAGGGACAGCACAUUACCUCUGGAUCCUUUUGUCAACUGGAAAUGCUGUUUUGUUCCAGUCCAUAGACUUAAGCAAGUGGAGAGGCCCGUAUCCAUAAUCAUCUGUUCACAGGCUGCUGUGCUGGGAGGAACUCCAGAAGCACCACAGACAGACCUGGUGGCUCCGGACACAGAACUGAAGCUCGUGUCCCCCUAACUUAGAACUUCUCAGCACAGCCUCUCUGUAGUGGAUAUUAAAUAGUGCUAAGGACACAACAAAGUUUCUAUGCCUGUUCAGCAACACUGUGUGAGUAUUUGAUGU